CUCAUCUUUACGCCUUUACUAAUUCCCAUUCUUCUCUCCUCUCUUCUUGACUUGAUCAUUUCUCCCUUCCACCUAAAAACCAUUAAGCCACCUUCUAAAGUCUCCUCCGCCAAAAAAAAAGAUUUUUUUCUCUUUAUCUUGGUCUCUUUUGGCAUACUUCCAUUUUCUUUCUUCUCCAUUAAAACUCCAUUGCCUCUCUCUAUCUCUCCCUGAACCCAUCUCUCUCUCUCUCUCUCUCUCUCUCCCUCUCUCUCUCUCUCUCUCUAUUGUACAUAGCACACCAAAGAACAAAACAACAAAAUCCCUCGAACUCCAAUUCUUCAAUUUCAAUGGCUGCCAACAAAUUUGCCACCAUGCUACACAGAAAUAAAACCCCCAAAAUCGCCAUAAUUCUCAUCUACACUCUCCUCGAGUGGACUCUAAUUGCUCUCCUCCUCUUAAACGGUCUCUUCUCCUAUCUCAUCUCCAGAUUCGCCUGCUUCUUCGGCCUCAAGCCCCCCUGCGUCUUCUGCUCUCGGGUCGAUCACGUUUUCAGCCGAAAGCGCGAAUCUUACAGCGAUCUUGUUUGUGAUGCUCACUCUGCUGAGAUUUCUAAACUUGGGUAUUGCUCGACUCAUCGGAAUUUGGCUGAGGCUAGCGAGAUGUGCGAGGAUUGCUCGUCGUCGAGGCCGACGGAUGAUCGGUCGGUGGCGGUUCUCUCUUGGAUGAAGAGGAGUGAAGAGGGGGAGAAGGAUUUGAGGUGCUCUUGCUGUGAUGUGAUUUUAGAAAGUGGGUUCUUUUCGCCCUAUUUGUUGUUAAAGCAAUCAUCUUUGGGGGUUUUGGAGUAUACCCAGAAAGGGAAAUUGGAGGAUGAUGAAGAUGAUAAUUUAGUUGGAGAGGAAAAGGUGGAAGAAAUUAAAGAAAGGGAGAGUCUCGUUGUUGAAAAUUUUGAUGGUGGUCUGAAGGUUGUGGAUGAUGAAUCCUCGGAGCUGAUCACUCCAAUGGGAGCGGGGAAUGGGCUGUUGGUGGAGGAGGAGAGAUUGGUCCCUGUUGAAUUGAUUGAUUCUUCAACCUUGAUUCAUGGGGUUGAAGAUGAGGAUGACGAUCGCAGAGACUAUGUUGGGUAUAACCUCGUUGAGAAGGAUGAUACUGCCGUUGAUCUAGGAACUGUCUCAGAGGAGGAAGAGGAGAAAAUAGGUUUGCUUUCGACUAUGGAAGUUAACAAGCCUCUAGAUUUCCCUGUGGUUAAUGUUGUUGAAGAAGAGUGCUCUUUAGUUGAUCAUCAAUGUGAAACUCAUGAAUCAGUUUUGAGUUCGGAGCGGGAAUUGGAUGCGCAAGCGGAAGAAGAAUGUGCAGGGGUGGAAGAGGAGAAGUCUGCCUUGCUUUCGACUACUGAAAUUAACAAGUCUCAAGAUUUCCCUUUGGUUAAUAUUGUUGAAGAAGAGCUCUCUUUAAUUGAUCUUCAAUGUGAAACCCAUCAAUCUGUCUUGAGUUCGGAGCAGGAGUUGGAUGCACAAGAGGAAGCAGGAUGUGCGGAUGGUUUUGGUGAAUUUCAAGUUUCAGAAGAAGUGAUUAAAGCGAUAGAUGCUGAGGCUAACUGUGAAGUAUCAAUAGGGAGUGAGAUCUGUGACCAUGAGCAGAUUGAACUUCCUCAUGUUAAUGAACUUGAAGUUCCUCAGUCAGUUUGUGCAAAUGAGCAAUGCUCUGCAAGCUACAAUGUGGUUAUUGAUAAAGAACAAGUAACUGAAGCUGAACCAAUGGCAGAGACUAUUGCAAGAACUGUCGAUGGGCUUUCUGUAUGUACUGGAAUGAAUGAGAAUGAGGACGAGAAAUUGCCUGAGACACCUAGUUCAAUUGAUAGUCUCCAUGCUUUACACAAGAGGUUUCUGUUUGAAAGGAGGGAAUCUGGAGCAGAGUCCUUGGAUGGAAGUGUUGCUAGUGAGAUUGAUGGAAAUGGUAUAUUGACAGUUGAUCAACUUAAAGCUGCAUUGAGAGCAGAACGCAAAGCACUAAGUGCAUUAUAUAUGGAGCUAGAAGAAGAGAGGAGUGCUUCUGCAAUAGCAGCAAACCAAACCAUGGCCAUGAUCACCAGACUUCAAGAAGAGAAGGCGGCAAUGCAGAUGGAAGCAUUACAGUACCAGAGAAUGAUGGAAGAGCAAUCAGAAUAUGAUCAGGAAGCUUUGCAGCUUUUGAAUGAUUUGAUGAUGAAAAGGGAAAAGGAGAAGCAAGAAUUAGAGAAAGAGUUAGAGCUCUAUAGGAAGAAGGUAAUUGUUUAUGAGGCAAAAGAGAGAAGAAAGGAAGCAGAGAGGAAUAAGAUCAACGGCAAUGGCACAGGAUCUUCUUCUGGCUCGUCAAGUGCUAGCGAUGGUGAUGACCUUUCUUUUGGAUCUCAUGAAGGAGAGGACUCUAGUUAUAGCCACAAUGAGAGCACCCCAAAUAUUCCAAUAAAUGAUGGUUUAGGCUCUGUGGCCGAUCAAGAGGCAAACAAGCAUCUGGUUUCCCUUGAUGAGUCCUUAGCCGAUUUUGAAGAGGAGAGGCUCUCCAUUCUAGAGCAACUAAAGGCAUUGGAGGAAAAAUUAUUUUCAAUGGAUGAUAAUGAAUUAGAAUCCGUGGAACAUAAAAAUCAUUCAAAUGGAAAUGGUCAUGCGUUCAAUGGGGACUAUGAACUCUAUGAAGAUGAUAUAAAUGGUGAUUUGUUAAUUGGUUUUGACCAUAAUAACACAAAUGGAAAGCUUCACCAAAAAUCGAGGACCAUGGCUAGUGGAAGAAAGAGGCUUCUUCCUCUUUUUGAUGCCAUUAUUGGCAUGGAGAAUGAAAACGGGAUAAUUUCAGACCAUGAUAUGACAGAUUGUUCUCCACAAUCUAUUCCUAAAUCUGUAACAGAUGAUCAAAAGAGGCUUGCCAUUGCUGAGGAGGUUGAUAAUGUAUAUGAGAGGCUGCAGGCUCUCGAGGCAGAUAGAGAGUUUCUCAGGCAUUGUAUUAGAUCCUUAAAGAAAGGCGACAAAGGGAUGGAUCUUCUUCAAGAGAUAUUGCAGCACCUUCGCAAUCUCAGGAAUGUGGAACUUCGUGUGAGGAAUACCGGUGAUGCACUUGCUUCAUUAUCAGACUAAUCAACAUCAUCCAAAGAUGGAAACUGUUUAAAGUGGGAGCUGAUUGAUGGUCUUAUAUUGUAUACAACAAGCGACAACCGAGAUUGUUCCAAGCUAAUGAGACACUAAAGAGCAUUUUCAUAGUACAUGAGAAUGCUACCUUAAAAACUCUGGUGUUAAGAUGCAGAGUUUGGUCAUGCCAGGAGAAAAGGAGGCUUCUGGUUGUAUUUGUUUGUUGGUUGGUUCCUUUAGCUUGUUAAGUGGAGGCAGACCAAGAGGUGAGUCUGCAUCCAAGAGCCCUUUUGUUUUUGUGGGCUUUUUUAUUUUAUUCUAUUUUUCUUUGAUUUUUAUUUUGUGGGAUUCCAUUCCCAAUCCCAAUCCCCAUCACCUUUAUCGAGUAGGGCAAUGGUUGAUGAGGCAAGGGAGGGUGGUAGGUCAGCCACCCAUAUGAUGUUAUUAGUGUUGUUGGUGGUAGAAAUCAUGGCUUGCAAAGCUGGACAAAGCCUGAUAGUCUUGCUGCCAGCUCAAGGAUCCAGGUAUAUAACCAGUUUUAUAUAGAGCAAAGGAGGAAUAGGAUGAGUGUGAGUUCCUUUUGUUCUUUUAUCCAAUUUUUCUUUCUUAUUUUAGAGUUGUGUAUGUAUGAUGAUGAUGAUGCUAUUUGCAUUUGGUUUUUGAUUGAGUACAUAUUAUAAAAAUGUCCAUUAUACUUUGUGAGUA